CACUUCCUCCCGCGCAUGCGCCGCCGGCACUCCGCACCGUUCGGCGGCGGGUUUGAAUCGCCGGGGGCUGCUGCGCGCCGGGAGCGGCCUCCUCAUCUCUCCUCAUCGCCUCACCCUCCCCCCCGCCUCAUCUCAUCAUCUCAUCUCAUCUCAUCAUAUCUCAUCGCUUCGCAUCGCCCCCGCCUCGCAGGCUCCGGCCGUCGCGGCGGUGCCAGGUGACCACCGGAGGGAGCCGUGUGAGCGCAAGGGCCGCCUGGCGACAGCGUUAAACCGAGUUUGGUAAUAGAAGAUAUGGAGCCAUUAUGCGUGGAAGAUCUAUGCUUUCAUAUCAACACAAAGAUUUCAACUAUUAAAAAGACUCUUCAAUUAAGAAGCAUAGCUGAAGAACCGUCCUUCAGAUCCAUGCUCUCUAAAACAGGGGCUGGGAUAGUUGCUUUGCAUGAUCUCCUGGAUAAAAUGGAAGCAGAAGUUAAAGAGCAAGAAAAACUGAAGAAUAUGCUAAAAAGCAUCCAGAAGUCUGCUGAGAGAAAUGAAAAGGCAGGAUUGUACCUCUGUGAAAACAUUCCUCCAUGUCUGCGUAAACAAAAACAGAGCUGCAUCACUGGGCCAAGUGUGAAACAUGAAGAGCCAAAAGUUGCAGCAUGCAAAACUGAAAAGAAACCUAAAAAAGGGCCAAGAUAUAUUAAAGCAGCAAGCUUAAUAACUGCCGAAGAAUUUGAAAAAGUUCCUGCGUAUUUGAAAGGUCGUUUAACACGUGAUCAGAUUAAUGCAGUUCUUCAAAGCAUAAACAAAGCUGUGAUGGCCAAGUACAAGAUCAUGCAUCAGCCUUUGAAAUCUAUGAAAGCAUCAUCCAGAAAUCUCUACAGCAGGUUCCUGGAAGAAGAGACGAAGGAUACAGAAGGUGAAUUUUUUAUUGUGGAGGCUGAUCUCAGACAGUUCACGGAAAUGGUGGUGGAUAAGCGCGUCCGUGGGAUCCUCAAUAUCCUGCGUCACUGCCAGAGAUUGAGAGAAGUUCGUGGCUCGGGGCUUGUCCGCUACAUCAUCCGUUAACAAACUUUCCAUAUUCUGUUUACACAAGAUGCUGAAGGCAGAAGGAUUUUGAAAUGCAGACAUUGUAUAUAUAGGCAACCCUAUCUAGCUCUCUUACUUUCUAAAAGGCAGUAGUGAGGACCAAGAAGUGUUUUUCAGACAUCAGUCCUAAAUUAGGAGUGGCAAUUGAAAUAUUUGUGUUUUGUUUUGAAAACUUGAGAGGAAAUACUGUGUUUGGGUAAAUUACAAAGGCAAAACCAUAAAGGUGAUUGAUGCACCUGUGGUCACAGGUAGUUGUAAUCACAUUUUCAGGUCAGCAGUUGAAAGAUCAAUUCUCUGCAUUUUAAUAAUGUUCCUUUGGUGUUUGAGUUGGAGACUCUGUUUAAGACUAUUUAGCUACUCAAAGGCAGCAGUUGGUGCUUUUAUUUUUUUUAAAAUCUUAAUCCAAUUUCCAGAUUUCCUUUUCUUAAUCUUUUUCUUCUUAUCGUAAUUACAUGUUUUGGAGUUUCCUACAUCACCUGAACAGGAAGACCUGAGGCAGUUUAAACAUUUCCAGACUGAUAAUCAAUAGUUCUGUUAGCCAUGUGGUUUUCAUAUUUCUUCAUAGAGCUAGAUUUUUCCCUCAGACCAACCCAUGAGGCUGAAACAGUGGAGCGGUGGGGUUUAAGUGAAAAUGCUGAUUUAACUUCUAAAAUACUUGUCAAAUUUGUUAUAAUUUUUAUUUUAGAAGGUUGUUUUCAAAUGAUCUAUUAGUUUAGUAGGUUCCAGAGUAGAAUGAUUGUGAUAAUCAUGAACAAUGCAACUAAUAAAAUAUUUUGACAAGGAAA